AUGACGCCAUUUAGAUUGAUGUCCUUCUCAUUUCUUCAAGACGCCCUCGCACUUUCCUAUCAUUUUUCUAUCCUGACGAAAUUUCGAUGUACACGGACGACUUUGCGUGAAGAGAUGGCGACUUGGGGUGCUUAUUUUGCUUCUUAUGUGAAGAAGAAAGAGGAUACUGCGUUACCGGCGUUACCAGACGUGAAGGAUGAGAAGGCAUUACCAGCAAAGCCAAAGGCUCCAACUUUGGAUACGAGCACGAAGACAGCACCGAAUAAGUUGUAUGGAAGUCCAGUUGACUUGACGACAACACCAACAAUACCGAGGAGCAAUUCGAACGCGGCAAGAGUAGCGAAGCUUUUUGGAUAUGCAAACGCAAAUGCGAAUUCAGAUCCUGCCCCAGAGGCAACAGCAACUCCCGCUCUUGCGAAAGUUGCGGACAAACUUGUCGAAGUGGUGAGAGCGGAGAAGAGGGUUGAUGUUUCGAAGGUUGAGAAUGUCCCGAAACCAUUGAGUCCGAUCAAGUCAGCGAUUCCGGCCAAUGCAUUCGAAAAUGUGCUGGUGGGAAAAGAGCCGGUGGUUGAAAAGCCAGCAUUUUCUAUCAAGAGUGUUCCGAGGCCUCCAAGGACUCGAAAGUCGACGAAGCCGUCAAUUAGCGGUCUGGACGCAUUGAUGGAAGAACUUGGAAGUGGGCCUCCAGUGGAAAGUGCUGAAGCUGCCCCAAUGGUGAAGCCAAGAGCACAGCCUCAACGAGCCAAGAAAGGAAGUUUGAGUGAUUUGGACGCACUUAUGAACGAUCUUGGUGGAGGCGGGGGUAGUCUUAUCCCACCCAGGCCUGGAGUGGAGAGUGCGAAGCCAGCAAGGACGAAGCAAGGAAGUGGCAGUGAUCUCGAUGCGCUGAUGAAUGAUCUUGCUGGCUUUGGCCAACCCUCAACGACUCCGACUCCAGCUUCUGUCCCAAGCACCGUGGUUCCAAAGGUCUCAGCACCAACAUCGUCACCAGGUUUAGCAUCUUUACCACGCUUGGUGACUGCAUCAAUACCACCACCAAAGAUCCAACCCGUCUCUGCUGCGACCUCGAUACCACGAUCAGUUCCGUUUUCGACACCAAUCUCAGCUCAAUCGCCAAACGAACCCUUCUCAUUCAGAAGCAUGACUUCAUCUCCAGAGCCAAUCCUUAGCAUGAACGAUUUCGGAAGCAUGAAGCCCAACUACAUCACGCAAUCUCCGAUUUCCAUGCGCUCACGACGAGACUCAUUCGCAAGUCGCAGCUCAUUUGGAUCACGAAGAAACGACUCAUUCAACAGUCGAAGCUCCUCAGUGUCGAGAACUUCAGACCUCUCGUCUAUCAUUGAACCUGUAUUGUCCGAGGAAGACCAACUUCAGCUGCGACAACGAGUUCUUGAAUCAGAAAGACAGGAGGAGCAGCUGAGAAUGGAGAAACAGCAACGGGCUUUGGAGCAUGAGCAGAUGUUGGAGUAUGAGAGACAGGCUGAGAAAAUCAUAUUUGAGAGGGAAGUAAUGGAGGAGCAGAGACAGAAGAUGCUGGACGAGCAAGCAAGAUUUGAUUUGGAGGCGAAAAGACUGCAAGAGGACGAAGAACAGAUGAAGCAAUUCAUUCAAGAUGUGGAGAGGGAGAGGCAGAAGGAAGAAAUAGAGGAAGAGAGAUUGAGGAGAGAGGCUAUCGAGGAAGCCGCGAGAUUAGCCAGGGAGGAAGAAGAAAGAAUUAUGGAGGAACAACGACUUCAAGAGGAGGAGGAAGAACGUGAGCGCUACGAGCGAGAGCGUAGGAAGGCUGACGAAGAGAGACGGAGACGCGAAGACGAGGAAAUGAGAGAGGAAGUUGCAAGACAGAUCCGGGCUGCCAAGAGAGAGGAGGACGAACUGCGGCAGGAAAGACAGAGAGCAAGACAAAUGGAAGAAGACCAGGAACGAGACGAAGAAGAGGCUCGUGAGAGAGAGGAACAAGAGAUUCGUGAUCGAAGGCGGUAUCAGCAAGCUGAGAAAAAGAGACUCGCCAGGGAAGAAGCAGAAAGACUAGCUGUACAGGCUCGGGAAUACGAGGAAGAGAUCGAGGCUGAACGGUUGAGAUUCGAGGCUGAAGAAGAGGAACUCGAAGAACUACGCAUGAGAGAGGAGGAUGAGCGUAUUAGAGCCGAAGAAGCCGAACAAGAGAGACGUAGGCUUGAAGAGGAAGCUCAAGAGCGUGAAGCCCAGCGGGCUAGAGACGAACGGGUAGCGAUGCAAAGACGUGCGGCUCAAGACAGAGCAGAAAGGGAACGUGCGAGGCAGCAAGAACAAAUGCAAUACGAGGAGGAAGACUCCGAGCCUGAGGUUCUGACUAAGGAACAGGAAAUGAAGAAAGCUGAGGAGAAGAUCCGUGCAGCUUUUGCCGGUUUAGCCCAGGAGAAGGCACAAAUAGCCAACGGGCCUCGUGACGUACCUCGAGGAAGAGCAACUGAGAGGGAGGACAGAAGUGUAAAGAACUUUGCCAACGGAAUCAGGCCAGCAGGGAGGGAUUCAAGGAUUGAUGCGGACGAAGGUCGAGGAGUGGCGAGAAAUAAUACGGUGGCAGCAUGGCCUAUGCCGAGGCAGCCACUCGGUCUAUCGAGAGGGAACACAGUUGGAGGUCUGCCGAGUGGACCUAAAGGAGGUGGAUUACCGCGCGGUCCAAGAGCAGGAUUGCCUUCCGGACCUAGACAGAGAUAAAUACCCAAUGUUUGUAUCAAUGAAUUGAGAUUGAAGCUCUAAAUGGAACUGAAAGCCU